AUGAUUGCCGAAUAUGCCAAACGGGAACCAGAGAUUGCCUUUACGCAUAUCUAUCCUGGUACCGUAGAUACUCCCGCCUUUCGUCCAUCAAGCUGGCUCUUGACUAUCCUGAUGCUGCCUCUGCGCCCUAUUCUCUGGCUUAUCUCUACGAAGCCUGAAGACUGCGCUGAGUACAUGCUAUUUGCCCUGUUCAAUGCCGAGAAGGGUAUGAACCGUAGGAACGCGAAGGGUGACGAUAUCGGAAGCGAAGGCUUCCCUCAAGCAGCGGAUGGCCAACAGCGCCUUUGGGAUCACUCUGUACAGCUGACGACUGUAUAA